CGCUUUAUUAGCCCCUCAAGCUAUCAAAAACUCGGCGGAAGCACCUUCCUUUUAUCACUUUCCCUUCUGAGUCUCAGUUGCUGACCUUUUAAAUCCUUUGUAGAGGGUUUGUGAAGACGGCAGUGUCUAUACCAUUUCUGUUAUGCGUCGUCGUUCAUCUCCAUUACCCUACUUACCUUCAGAGGACAGCCAUCCACUGAUAGUAGCCACCAACCGUUCUCGCUUUCUCUUCAUCAGAAUCGAGCCAGAAGCUAAUUUCAGGUUGGAUUGCCCACCUCGACGUUUUUGUUUUUGUUUUCGUUGCCUAGCCUUUUGUCUUUGCAAAAUGCGUCCAUUUUUGCAAAUCCUGUGUGGCACUGCAUUUCUGAGUGCUGCGUUUUCCUUGCCGAUGGUGGAAGAGAGAAGCCUGGAAAAGCGAGAUUAUAUUGGGCUGUGGAAUGGAACAGGCCCAGUAGUCACUGACGUCAAGCAAGUGAAAAUACUCAACUGUUGGUUUGACGCAUGUACCCUUGCAGUCCUUAUCUCUUCACAAUACUGGGUAGAGAACAUGAUACGCUAUGGCAAUGGUGCACCCAUGGCCAAUGUAUCAUGGCCACAAGAUGGGACUGUCCAAGUUCAAGUUUGGAACCCCGACACCCUUGAGCCCGUUAUUGAGAUUGCUACGGUCGCCAAUAAAAGCCAGACAGAAGAUCAUCCGGACGGGAACUGGUGGCACGAUGCCCUCUCACAAGCAACCAAAUUGCUUGGGACUCAAGUUAGUUUCGCGGGUAUACUACCCAACGGAACCUACGACUCCACUGCUGGAUCAGCAACUAUCGGUCUCAAGAUCCUCACUGGUUAUGACACCGCGUCAAACUUGACGAGCGAGUAUGCAGAUGCUGAUGAGUUUUGGAACGAUUUGGCGCGCGCAAACGAAAACACGCCUGUCAUCUUCAAUACUGUUAGCUCUGCUGACCUUGGUAUCACCACACCUCAGCUGGGCGAUAGUCACGACUAUGCGGUGUUCAAUGGUACAGUGAAACAUGAUGGAUCAAAGACAAUUUGGGCAAGGAAUAGUUGGGGCUCAACGGACGAGUUCAAGUUGGAAGAUGUUUACAGCAAUACAUUUCAGAUAAUCCAUCUCAAAAACUGGGACAAGCUAGAAUGGACAUCGGAUUUAUGGAGUUCCAACUUCGCAGUUCCAAACGAAGGUUAAUAAAGAGGGAUAGUGGAGAAUAGAGUCGAUGAUCUUUGUCUUUUACAAUAUUCAUUAUAAGCUCAUGGUCCUUCCGAACUACAUUAUUGCGAUGAC